AUGGCGUCCCUAGAGAAUGAUUCCCAGCCUGCAUCCGCAGAAUCAGGCCAGCCCGACAAUCCUGAUAUUGCCAAGAUAAAAGAGCCGAAACCAUCCAGCCUCUCUGGAGGUGGUGGAGGCGCUGCCGGACUGCGUGUGCAGCCACCUGCCACCGACAAUGCAGAAAUCACCCUCGACGCCCAAGGAACCAUCCUGACUUGGGGCCCUGAGUCCGAGAUGCUCCACGGAUAUACGAAUGAUGAGAUCGUUGGCAAGCACCUUUCCAUCCUCUACGGGGACGACGACAUCCGGGCAAAGGAACUCGGGAGAAAGCUGGAGAUGUGUAUCGCGGAUGGCCGGGUUGAAGACCACGAAUGGUGCUAUGCCAAAGACGGCGGCAGACUCUGGGCUCGCUAUAUCUUCACUUACCUCUGUAAGGACGACGUCCACGUCGGCUUCGGCCUCGCUAUUCGCGACGACACAAAGGACAAGAUGAUGGAACAACGCUCUACCUUGGCUUCUGAGGACAGUCACGAGCCACGACCGCCAACACAUAAUAUCCAGGGAAUUCACCCAGUCUAUCACCUCGCACCCCUCAUACCACCUUCGGCCCAACGACAGGUGCUGAUGAAUGGCAUACCCACAUCCAACAGCGUGCCCAUGACAACGGCCACGGAGACUCCGAGAGAUACGAUGCUCCCCCCAAAUCCAAGCCCACCCCAGUGCCAACCCCGUGGUCCUCCCCAACAGCCGUACACGUGCCCGUCCCCACCAGUCGACGACGGGUUCGAAGAGAUACGGAAAAUAGCCCCAUCCAAGCGCAUCCUCAUCUGCGAAGACAACAGGGUCAACCAGAGGAUUCUCUCCAAGAUCUUCGGACGAAAGUUCGGCUUCACCAACAUCACCGUAGCGGAAAAUGGUGCGCAGGGCGUGGACAUGGUGCGCAGCUCCGCCGAGGGCUUCGACAUGAUUCUCAUGGACAUAAAAAUGCCCGUUCUCGACGGCUACGAUGCCACGGUGCAGAUCAGGGAGAUGGGGGUGCGCAUUCCCAUUAUUGGAAUGGUGCUUUAUGGGGUGGAGGCCGAAGUCGAGAAGGCUUUGGCUAAGGGGAUGGACGAUACUUUUUUCAAGCCGAUGAGGAUCAUCGAUGUGGGUAGUAAGCUAUUGAAGUUCCUGCCGAGGAUGAUGGAAGAGCCCGUUUACAGGGGAAGGGUUGUGUGUCGUUCGAAACUGUGA